AUGGUCCAAUCAAGCACUCAAUCGGACACCGUUGAUGCCCUUCUUACCACCGCUGCUGCUGUGCAUCCCCCUACUCCCCUCACCUGCCUCAUCUGCCUCAUGUGCCUACCUCACCCCUCUUCUCCUACUACUGUGACCAUGCCCCACCAAGUCACCUUCUCACCCAACUGCUCCCACUUCUCCCUCCCAUCCCUUUCUGACCUGCCAUGCCACACACCUCAUAGCGCUCACAUAACCCACCAAGCGCUUCACCACCACUACUUCCCUUUUCACCUAAGUGCUACCCCUGCUCCCCCUCCCAUCCACCCCCCUGCUCCCCCUCCCAUCCCUCUCCUCACCUGUCACGCCACGCGCCUCACAGCCCUCUCCUCAUGCCCCGCCAGGCAUUUCACCACCACUGCUGCCACUCGAAUCCGCACCCCCUCCUUCCCCUCCUCACGCCCCCUCCACCAGGCCAAUGGGUGGGUGACACGUGGCAUGUGGGAGGAGGAUGUGAGAAGAGGCGCGUGUAGGGCCAGUGGUGGCAGUGUGUAUGGUGGAGACAGGGAGUGGGCGAACGAGUAUGGAUACACAACACACGCACACACGCAUGCACGCACACAUGCACACACACAUGCAAACCUAAACGCACCACCCACCUCACCUCCUAUUCCCCCUUAUCCCCCUCUUUCUCCCCUUCCCCCCGCUCCCCUCUCUCACCUCCUGCUGUCCCUCGGCUUCCAUUGCCGCCUGCACGACCAACUCCUGCACGUGUGCCACGUCAGCAACCAGCAAAGCGAGGCAGCCAAUCAGGCGCAGCGCGAGACAGUGGGCUUCAAGCGAGUCAAUGGAGUUAAGAGCACCAGCAGCAAGUGA